GCCGUCAAAAUGACGUAACGCCAUACGUUCCGAAUCGUUUGUUUUGUCAGUUUUCCCAAUCAGUUGUCAAAUGUGUUUUUGUGAGCGUUCGCGAGUGACGAACCGCGCCGCUUCCUAAUUACCGUUUUAAUUAAAAUACGAUUGUUUAUUACACAUUUAUAAGCCAAGCGUCUUAAUAUUGCGCUGGUAAAUAAUGAUAAUCACUCUCGGGAGUUAGUGUGAUCAAGAAGUACGUUAGGAAAACAAUAAAAUCGGUUUUAUUGUAGUCACAAUGGUGAAAGAUGGACGUAAAUAUCGGUCGUUGUCGAUCUAGCGUAUCGUUUUAAUGCCGACGGUCUAUGAAAUGUGAUCUAGUGCAACUGAAAUAAAGGAUUUUAUAAACUACAGUGUAUCACGAUGGCUGACGAGUCCAGCGUGCGAGUAGCCGUCAGGAUCCGUCCGCAGACACCAAGUGAAGUGGUCGAAGGCUGCGGUAUAUGCGCUCGCGCCGGUGGCGCGGCCGGCGACGGAGGAGUAGCGCUAGGAUCUGAACGCGCCUUCACCUUCGACUAUGCCUUCGAACCUUCGUCAUGCCAGCAGAUUGUGUACGACACUUGUGUCAGGAAACUCGUGGAAGCAGCUCUCGAUGGAUACAAUGCUACUGUACUCGCUUAUGGUCAGACUGGUUCCGGCAAGACCUACACGAUGGGCAGUGGCUGGGAGGGCGAAGGUGAUGGUGAUGAAGAUCGUCGAGGCAUCAUCCCCCGAGCCAUCCGUGACCUGUUCGCCGGCGCAGAGGCGAGGGCCGAUGAGGCGCGCGCACAGGGCCAGCUCCCACCCGAGUUCUCAGUACAAGCGCAGUUCAUAGAGCUUUAUAAUGAGGAUAUCGUUGAUCUGCUUGAUCCUGCUAAAGAUCCUUUUGCUAAGGGCGCACUCAGGAUAACAGAAGACGGCUGUGGCGGCGUCAGAAUAGUUGGAGCUUCAAUGCGAGCAGUCAGAGGCGCCAGAGAGGCUCUAGGGGCACUUCGAGCUGGUGCCUUAGCCAGAACAACAGCAGCUACCAACAUGAACUCCUCGUCAUCACGGUCACACGCAGUAUUCACACUCUUACUUAGACAAAGGAGGUUGGCACCAGAUCAAGAUACGACCGUCGAUAGGGAAGCGGAUUCGGAGGCACCUGAGCAAUAUGAGACACUGACUGCGAAAUUCCAUUUUGUUGAUCUAGCUGGUUCCGAGAGAUUAAAACGCACAGGGGCAACCGGCGAGCGCGCAAAAGAAGGCAUAUCAAUAAACUGCGGCCUCCUUGCAUUAGGAAACGUAAUAUCAGCCCUUGGGGAUCGAUCUCGCAAAGUACUGCAUGUUCCGUACCGAGACUCAAAGCUCACGAGGCUGCUCCAAGACUCCUUAGGAGGCAACAGUAACACGGUCAUGAUAGCCUGUGUGUCCCCAAGCGAUAGGGACUUCAUGGAGACACUGAACACGUUGAAGUAUGCGAACAGAGCGAGGAAUAUUAAGAAUAGGUGUGUGGUGAACCAGGAUCUGACUUCGCGAACUAUACAUCAGUUGAGGCAGGAGGUAGCGAGGCUGCAGCUUGAGCUUGCUGAGUAUAAACAGGGCAAACGCGUAAUAUCAGAAAACGGCGAAGAAGGCUGGAGCGAUGUGGUCCAAGAAAACGCGAUCCUCACUGGCGAGGUGGAGUCUCUCCGACGCAGAGUGAAAGCGAUGCAAGGCACUAUAGAGCAACUAUCUGCGCGGAACAGUGAGCUCAUUGCGGAGAAGGCACUCGGCAACUGGGGACCUAAGGAUGGCAGCCCAGAUGCUAAUGAGUGCUCACUCACGUCUCUUGUACAGGGCUACGUAAGCGAAAUAGAAGAUCUUCGAGCACAGUUACUGGAAUCAAACGCGAUGUAUGAAGCGAGUCGCAAGCGCGAGGCGACGGUCGCACGGACGAGGCACGACUCCGUGCAAGAUCCCUCGCUUAUCAUUGAUGAUGCUAAACGGGAAUUGUAUAAGGAAAAAGAGCUCCUCGCUCGCAGUAUGGGCGAACUAGAAUUCCAGCGCAAACUGAACAUGAGCGAGAGUAUGACGAGUGCGGUCGACGACAGACCCAUCGGCGAGAGAGAACGCGCCGAGGGAGAGAGUGCUGACGACUCAGAACCUUCCGACGGUGAUGGAGAACCGAGUGAUUCGGAGGAAGAGGACUCGGAGGCUAAAGGUCAACGCGUCCUCUCAGCCCAACUGGCAGCUCUCAGCGAGGACAUAGACACCAAAGCCCGGUUAAUAGAACAACUAGAACUGUCACAACGACGCCUACAAGCGCUGAGGACGCAUUAUGAACAACGCCUGGAUACGCUACACCAUCAGAUUAAAGCUACCAAUGAUGAGAAGGAUAAGGUGCUUGCUUCGUUAUCUACACAAGCCUCCCCUCCAAGCGAGAAACUAAAGCGCGUUAAAGAAGAGUACGAGCGCCGCGUCGCAGGCAUGUCGCGCGAGUUGAAGCGUCUUCAGGCGGCACAGCGCGAACACACGCGGCUACAGCGCUCGCAGCAACAGACGCAGCAACAGAUAUCCACGCUAAGGAGCGAGCUGCAGAAUAUGAAGAGGGAUAAGGUAAAAUUAGUACAACGCAUGCGCGAGGAGGCUAAGCGACAUGCUCAAGCUGAAGCACAACGUGCUAAAGAGGUUGCACAACUGCGCAAAGAAUCCCGUAAGAACGCGAACCUAAUAAGAUCACUUGAAGCUGAAACUAAAAUGAAAGAAGCGGUGUUGCGUCGCAAACAAGAGGAAGUUUCAUUACUAAGACGGGGGCAUCGCGAUAAGCUUAGCAGUAGAGCGGCAGGCAGGUUACAUGAUCGUUCCCGAGCCCGCAAGAGCACAUCCUACCGCGAAGCAUGGUCUCGGCUCGAGUGCUGGGUGUCACGCGCAUGCGCGGCACGAUGCACGCUCGGUGAACUAGAAGCCGCGCUCGAACGAUUGCUGCAACAACGAGAGAAGGCCAGGAAUAACGACCAGGACCCUGAUGCUAAACAUCUGUUGGGAUACCUCAGGGAGUCUAUUGCUGACACUCAGGCGCAGAUCAUGCAGAUUGAGGAGGAAAAUGACGAGAACAUGUUGCCUCGUCUACUGGAUCACAUAGACUCGGCGGAGGCGGGGCGCUACUCGCUGGAGCGGCUGGCGGCGCUGACGCUGCAGCACGCGCAGGACGCCGCGCGCAACCUCAAGAUGUUGCACGACACGCGCGCGCAGCUUAAGGAGCUGGAAGAGACAGCGGACCGCACGGCGAGCGCGCUGCGUCUCGCGAACACGGGCGAUCAGAACCUCAACCCCUGGGGGACUGUACCCGCAGCGCUUCAUGCUUUACUAGCGCAUGUCUCUUCUGGCACCUCUACUAGAUCUGUGUCGCCUGUUGACAGUGCACUGUUGGAGACGCGUCCUCCGAAUGGUAUCCGCGAAUCAAACACAGCGCCUACUUCGCCGCCUGACGACAACACUCCCUCACCCUUCCAGCGAAACAUUCCCCGUCGUGGGUCAGUGCGACUACGUGACUUGGGAGUGAUAGGUCGCGAAGAGGACCCAAUGACGCAGUCGCUUAUGGAGCCCUCCACUCCUCGCCCCGCGCCGCUCAGCCGCGUGCCAUCCGCCCCUGGCAGUCUUAGAGGCCUACAACCCCUCAACAACACAACGAGCGUCCUAGCAUCUCCCGUAGCAGUCCGUCGCCCGGGUGCUCCGCCCGAGUCCCCGCGGCCGCCGCGCCGACACCACAACCUCACAAAGCCAGCCUCCUUAGAGGCGAGCACGACGGUGGGCACUCCGCCCGCGUCUCCCGGCGCGGCCAGACGUGCGCGAGACGAUGACGUCUUCUUACGGCUGGCGGGCGUGGGGAACGAUAACACGCCGCAAGGAGUUGUUAAGGAAAUUGCGUUGAAGCGUGUAAGUGGCAGCGGCGGCAACAACACGUCGGCGUGGCUGCAGUGCACGCACGUCGCGGAGGGACACGCGGGCGCCGCGCUUGCGCUCGCUGCCACCAACAACAUGCUCUUCAGUGGUGGCGUUGACCGCACAGUCCGCGGCUGGGACUUCCGCGCGGGCGCGGAGGCGUGGCGCGGGUGGUGCGGCGGCGGCGUGGCGGCGCUGGCGGCCGGCGAGCCCGACGCACGGGACUCGCGCCUUGUGCUGGCCGCCGCCGGGGCUGCGGUCAGGAUGUUCGAUACUAGGUCUAGGACGCCUGUUACUACGUUGUGGUCAUCAGGUGCGACGGGUCCUUGCCCCGCUAACCGCGGCGUGGGGGGUGAGGUAGCUGUCACUGCGCUAGCACUCACGCAGAACCAUCGACUAUAUACCGCGGCUGGAGACAAGCUAAGGCUGUGGGAUUUGCGCAUGAUGGAAUGCGUCUGCAAGCUAUGGACGGGUCACGCGGCGGCAGUGAUGUGCCUGAGUGUGGGGCGGGCGCCGCACGGUGACCUGGUGGCCACGGGCUCCAAGGACCACUACGUCAGGACCCUCGACAUGCUGCCGCAGGACACUGGUAACUGGGAAGCCAGUAACCGCUGGCUGCUGGAGCCGCCACACUACGACGGGGUGCAAGCUCUAGCGCUGUGCCAGGACGAUGCGGUGCUGUACAGCGCCUCGCGGGACACCAGCCUCAAGCGGUGGAGCCUCACCGACCAUACACUCACACAUGGAGUAAUGAACGCACACAAGGGCUGGGUGACCGGCGUGUGCGCGGUGGGCGCGGGCUCCGACCUCCUCGUGGGCAGCUGCGGCCGCGACGCCGCAUUACGCCUGUGGAGCCCCGCGCUGCGCCCCGCCGCCCCGGCCGCCGCGCUGCCCGACCUGCCGCAUGCACUGCGGGCACACCCACAACCCGACAUGAGGAUCCUGUACACCGCCGGCAACGGCGGCGAAGUGCGAGCGUGGCGGGUCACCCUCGAGCAGUGAGCGACCUCAGCAACGGCAGUGUAAGAUGCUGGCGAGUUCGCAAGACGAGAUGACCAUCAGCCGCGUGCUCCGCGCCGAGCACGCCGCACUCACCACACGCGAGACCCCUCACUCUCUCGCGCCCCCAAACACCCCUCACCCCCACCCGCCCCGUGCCCCCAUUUCGCCCCAUGACCCCAACCCGCCCCGUCACGCCAUUGACAGCAGGGACGCGCUCGCGCAGAGCAUGGAGGUGACUACACCACUACACUCGCAGGAAACACGCAUACAGAUGACAAUUAACUGUAAGAAAAUAAUCAGGCAAGCUUGUUGUACUAAGUAUUAUUGUCACCAAAAUAUCGUUCUGUCUAUAAUAGUUAAAAUGACAGGAUAUAUUUGAAAAUACUAAAUAUAUGAUCGUAAUUUGAUAAUGAUGUAGCUUGACCUAAGUUAGUAAAUAACGUACAAUAAAGGAAAUAGACAACGGCCUACAGUAUUCAAGUAUGUCACAAAUACCUUGAGAAUAUAUUCCCUAAUCAAAGUAAUUUGAACUGUAUUUUCACUUACAAAAGGUUGAAUUUUAGCUUAAGUAAUAAACAGUCGUAGGGAGACAUGAAUCUGUCUUUAGAAGUAGAUAGUUGUAUGUAAAUGUUGCGUAUUUCGUCGGCCUAAAUACGACGUUUGAAAAGAUAAACAAUUGUAUUACAAUUGUAGUUUUCUAGUUAAUGUUUGAUCUCUGAAGUUUUAGACAAAAAGCAUUGAAAUUGACAAAUUGUUUUAGAGAAUAAUCAGACAUAUUUGAUUAUGUUAAUACAACGAUUAUUUGCGAAUACGAAUGUUGGCAGCAAUUAAUUUUAAUAUCUUUAUUAUACAAGAUUUAUUUUCUUCGAGAUUAUUUUAAGUGUUGUACAGCUAUAUGUUUUAAUUAUACAAAAUCUAUUCUUUGAACAAAUACUAACCAAAAAUAUCAUGUAUUAUUUCAAUAUUUUAUUAUUUAGAUAUCAAUUGAAUUUUUAAUCGUUUUUAAUCAUGAGAGAAUCGACUGGCUUCAAAUACAAGGACAUUCCAAUAAUAAAUCUCAAAGACAAUUUACAGACAGACCUUAAAGUGAAAAUUACAAUCAAUUUUUUAAUUAAAUAAUUUUAAUAUUUAGAAAUAAGAAAUGUAUCACAUAUGCAAUGAUUAUGAAGUAUUAAGGUUAAAUAAAAUUAUAGAUUUUAUCGAUAAUGACACAUAGUGUGUAGCUUCACUAUAUUCUUAGUCCGAGAUAUCGUCGCUUGGGGGAUAUGGCGCUAGUGUGCCCAAUAAUUCAAGAUGACCUCUUGGCUGUAUUUACCCUGAAGUUAUUUUAUAGUUUUUUUCUUUUUAAUAUAUAUUUUGAAUCAUUUUUAUAUAGCAUAAGAAAUAAUUUCCUGCUCAAUUGGCUUGGGAGCUUUAAUAAAACAAUAUUUCGUAUGUUAGACAUAAAAAACUCACUAGUGCUGUAGACUCCAAGACGAGUCGUGUGAUAGCGUCAGUAUACUGCUAGAAGAUGGCCUUCUCGUAAUAAAAAAAUAUUAUUGUUGUAACACAAAUUAUUUCAACGCUUAAGUCAUGAUACUGGGACUUAAAAUUGCUUACUUAUUAUCCCUGAAAUAAUGUGGCUAAAAAUUACACUUUAUUUAUCUUACUUCCAACUUGACCAUUAUCAGCUUUUCUUGUCUGCUCUACACCUUACAAAUUCUUUUCUCUAUGUUCUUAAUACGUUAUCCAUACUAAAUCCCAGUUUCAUAACUUAAGCUUGAUCUCUUAGAGAUUAUAUUCCUAUAACUAGGAACGGCCUUAGCUUAGCUUCAAUGUUCACGCGUAGUAGAAUUUUAAAGUCGGGGUGGCAGUUUUAGGACAAAUUGGCAUUUUCUAGGGUAAAUGUAUGGGAAUUUAGUUGGAUAUGUUAUGGAAUUGUUGGGGUAUACGUAGUGCCAUCCCCUUGGGUUGCCAAUGGUUGUAAAGUACUCUUUUUAAAAACUUUUUGGUAGCGAAUGAAAAAUAUCUUAAAAAAUAUAUUAAUGAAAUUACUACAAGCUACAAUUUAUUUACGUUAUGGGAAAGUUAGAGUACGCUGAAGCUGAUGUUUGCAAAUGAUUGAAUCAUCAUUUAGAAGCCAACGCAUUAAUUGCCAAAUUGUACGCACAAUCCCCCGCCAAUGUUAUGAAAGCCAAGAUUUUUUAGCCCAAUUUAGCCAACUUAACAACAUCAAACAACGUUGGACAAAGUGAAAUUAUGUAGGUGUUAUG